CACGUAUUUGCUUUAAUGGCGGCCGUAAAUGUAUUGAAUAAGAUCUAAUGGCAAAACAAUGGCCUCUUAUAGAGAAUCAUUAAAGACGAAGGAAGCCCAGAACUGGGUAAAGGCCGCCCUCGCCCUCAACAUCACCAAGGACGGAUUGCAAGAUUUUCUGGAGGACGGACUGACAUGCGUUCACCAGGACAUCUAUAGCACCGUUAGAACAUCCAAGGGUCUUCCAUCCGGGGCAGCAUGUGUACAUUGUUUCACAGAAAACGUGUUGAAGUGCCCAACUCGUGGGAUAUGCACCAGUACUAGAAACUGUAGAUUUCAUAACUAUCCUCAAAAACUGUAUGCUCCUUGUCCAAAUGGGAUUUGUGAAGGCGUCCGUGAUGAAAUAGUUCAACAUCACAGGUUUUCGGGACCAUCAUGGAAGAAUACGAAUGCUGACAAAUGGAGCACCAUUCCCUGGGAGAUAGGCAAGUGUUUCUUGCCUCCUGAUGGCUACAAGACCAUGUCCUCCAUCAAAGACAGUGACUUUAACGGAGUGAUCAGCGUCAUGAUAAAUUGCAAGGUUUUCCAGAACAAACUGUCGUUUAACGUUGCGACACAGCCCAACUUAUUAACAGAGGUAAACAUAUUAAUCACACUAUGA